AUGUCCCACCUCCGCUCCCAAACCCAACCCAAAGCCCCCCGCCGCGCAACCCUCCCCACCGCGCCUCUCAACCUCCCCCAGUCACCCGAAUUCCAAACCGCAAACACCUCCGCAGUAACAACGAACCAAUUCAACGUUCCCACUCUCUCCAUCGAGAACACUGAGCUACCCGUGCAAAGAAGUUGCACGACCCAUGAUUGCCCACUCGUGCAAGCCGGGAUCGAGCAUAACGAGGGAUUAUUCAAGGACGGUGGGAUGGAUCAGGGGAGUAGAUUUUCGAUAUUAUUUGGUGCUUCGAAUCCUCCUGGUUUUAUCUGGGAAGCUGAUGAUGCGCGGAGAGAAGCGAGGAGUAAGAUCCAGAAGGGGGAGAAUGUGGAGGAGAACGAGAUGAUUGAACAACAGAAAGCUUUGUUUGUCUCGAAGUUUUGCGAAUAUCACAGCUCAUGA